GAGAAGCAGGACGGAAAAUACAACAAGUGAGUGAACUGUUGCUCAGCAAAUAAAGUCGCUCUGCAGCGGGAUGUCUGCACGUCGGAAGUCUGCAAAAGUAAUUGGUCAGAAUAUGUAAUUUCACUUGAGGGAGCGCUACGAGACUUUGAAUUGUGUUGUUGUUACUCCUCAUUAAAAAAAAAAAAAAAAAAAAUCCUCCGUGUCUGCUCGGGCUGCCGUGAGCAUUUCGGACAGUGCUGUCCAGCCACCGCGCAGGACUCCUGAAUGAGACGCUGCAAGUUCAAAUAUUAGUGGGACUCUGAGUUUGCACCGCGGCGCAACUUCACGGUGGAAGCGCUCAGUCAGUCUGUGGAGGAUUUCAUUCCAGUCCUGGACCAGUUUUCCUGCGGCGUUUCCAUCUGAACCCGCAGCAUGAAAAGACUCUGAACACCGGCUGGAGGAGGAAGAAAGAAGCAGAGGAGAAAGAGAAAAAAAAAAUCUUAAUUGCAAGAGAUUCAGUGAUUUGCUCUGAUGCUGUGAUAAAAUGUUUUCUGCUUCAUCCAAGCUGCUUUUAAAACACGGGUGCCCACAUUCAUCGCAGUUUGGCCUGCCCUUUCUUCAGAAUUUGCCUUUUAUGACCUGUAACGAAACCAUCCUUUGAAUGGAGGAGUAGACUGCUGAUCUAAAUCAAAUCCAGGCUCCUUUAAACAACAGAUAUACAGAGAGAAAAGAGAGGAGAUUUAGCACUUUCCUCGUUCUUCUCUUCUCAUUGCUGGACAGACAAGUAAAGCGCCCUUCCCCGCAUGUGGUGGGUGAGAUGAACUCCAGUGGGAAUACUGUAGACCCCACCUGACAGCUCUCUGCCUGAGCAACUGAAAGCUUUUCACUGGAGCUUCCACAACCACAGAGCUGGAUUUAAGAAAACAGCGGUUGCCUAAAAUCCUAACAUUUCAAUGGUGAUGCUCAUUUUUGACAAAGACAUUUAAAAUAUUUGUUAUUUUUGGCCUGAAGGGUGAUGUUUUAUCUUUAAUUAGGUUGAAAGCCCACAGACACGGUCAGCCAGAGGAAACUGAAAAAUAAAAGGAUACAAAACAAAUGUGGUGAACAUCAAGAAAUGGAAAAAUCUGUUUGUUAUUCUCCCCCAGACUGCUGAUUUUUUUUUUCCUGUUCCUGUCUGAGACUUGCCUGUCCUGCUCCUAGAAUAGCCCCCAUUUCUUUUCUCUGCCCCACACAGUCACACAUUUUUACCCUCCACCUUCUCGAUCCAGUAGUUACUCUCUACCCAGAGUUCAGCCUGGCCGGCACAACCAUUCCAGCUAAGGGGGAGGAGGACUUCCUCACGCUGGCCGCCUCCCGGCUCAGCCGAAAAAAACGUGUCAUCGGGGCUGGAGUCGGCGUGGCCAUGGUCCUGGUCCUGUUGGUGGCCAUUCCCCUAUUGGUCCACACCACCAAAGGGGGAGGGUCCGGAGGAGGGGGCACACAUUACGAGAUGCUUGGGAGCUGCAAGAUGGUGUGUGACACUUUCACCCCCCCACAGGGAGAGCUGACAGCCGUCUCCCCUCAGCCCCCAGACUUCCCAAACCGCAGGGGAAAACAAGGGUUUAGAGGGAGCGCUGGACUUCCUGGUCCUCCAGGUCCUAAAGGGCCUCCCGGGGAGCCCGGCAAGCCUGGCCCACCUGGUCCACCUGGGCCUGGACCCGGUGGCUAUGGCCCCUCUUUCUACAGCCCCAAGAUCGCCUUCUACGCCGGCCUCCGGAAACAACACGAAGGAAGUGAAAUACUAAAGUUUGAUGACGUGGUGACCAACGUAGGGAACUACUAUGAGCCCGGUACCGGCAAGUUCACCUGCCCUCUGCCAGGUAUCUACUACUUCACCUACCAUGUCCUGAUGAGAGGUGGUGAUGGGACGAGCAUGUGGGCUGACCUGAAGAAGAACGGACAGGUGAGGGCCAGUGCAAUCGCUCAAGAUGCAGAUCAGAACUACGACUAUGCCUCAAACAGCGUCAUCCUGCACCUGGACGUGGGGGACGAAGUGUGUGUACAACUGGACGGCGGCAAAGUUCAUGGGGGAAACACCAACAAAUACAGCACCUUCUCUGGCUUCCUCAUCUACCCUGACUGACAGUAUACUCACAUUUAUAUACUCUCCCUCUCUCUCUCUCUCUCUCUGUAAUCAAGCAAAAAGUCUCCUCUCCAUUCUGCAUCUAACAUGCCAUGCUGCCAUAAUGUAAUUUGUCAUCUCAAUGCUGCUCAGUACACAAAACAUAAAAUAACAUUAUCACAGUUAACAAAUAGAGUUUGAACUGAAUUUGUGUAAAAAUGAAUAUAGUAUUGUAUAUAUUACCAGUUAACAUUUACUUCUGAUACACACACUUGUGUCACCUGUGCCAUGAACAGUAUGUGUAAGCAUGGCUACAACACACGAUUAACAUCUGUUUCACAUGCACACAUCGGCUUGUACGCGCACACACACAGGCGUGUACACAUGAACUGAACUUCUCCUAUCAGUUGUUACACCGAGACAAGAUGACCAUCUCAGUCUGAAAUCGACUGAAACGAUCUCUGAAUGUCGACUGUAAAUCGAAGUGUGUGUAUUUGGCUUCAGCCUCUCGCCUUCACUGUGAGAUGGAUUUUCAAUAUGGCCGUAGACACCAAACCAGAAAAGUCAUGAAUAUAUUGAUUGCAACUGAUGAUACAGCCAACACCACGAUCAUAAUCCAGUGUGCUGUAUGUUGGUGUUCAUGCCUGUGUGUGUGUGUGUGUGUGUGUGUGUGUGUGUGUGUGUGUGUGUGUGUGUGUGUGUGUGUGUGUAUGUGUGUGUGUGUGUGGGUGUGUGUGUGUUUACUCUUCAGUUUGUGUUGAGGUGUAAAAAGGCGUCACGUUGCUGUUAGUUUGACUUGCACAAUCUCUGACUCCUGUUACAGGGGGAUGGGGGGGGGCGUCAAGUUGUCGGUAACAGUCCCUUAACACACACAGUAUAUCGAUAUUGAGGUUUAGCUUUGAGAUUUUCCCUCAGCCAGAGCUUAUGACAGAGUCUCAUCAUGUCCUACUAAUGAGCUGAGGCUUCCUCUGCAGCCUCACCUGCUCAGUCACACUCAAACCCAACAUCUAGGGCGGGUAGUAUGGUGAAUAUAUGAAAAUAUAUAUAACAAAAAAACAGUUAGACAUUUUGGGAAAUAAUUUGUGGUUUUGCUGGCAGGCAGGUUUUGUUACCUAUGGACAGAGCAAGGCUAGCUGUUCCUCCCCCCCGUUUCUAGUCUUUAUGCUAAGCUAAGCUAACUGCCUGCUGGCCCCAGCUUCAUGUUUACCGUACAGACAUGAGAGUGAUAUCAGUCUUCUCAUCUAGCUCUCUGCAGGAAAAUGAUUAAGCCUGUUUCCCAAAAUGUCAAACUAUUCUUUUAAUUUUACCGUGAAUGUACCCAUGUGAAGAUGUUUUUGAAAUGCAGGUGACUGUUGUUGAUGUUUUACUGCCAUAUAUCAUACCUAUAGAUUUUCCGUGCCUUACAUUUUCUAUUUUAUUUUCUAUUUUUUAUGCAUGAGACAGUAUCCCUUGUUGAAUCUGGGCUGUAUGAGCAAGCUGAUCCACGUGAUGCAAACAGCAAUCUGACGAGGAUUUCUGAUGAAAACGCAGGAAGUCCAUGCAAAUGUUGUUCCUCACCUAAUGAAAUUGCAGAUGCCAACCGAGGACACUGACUGUGAAUCUUUGUACAUAGCUGGAGGUGACUCACUGCUGUAAAUAAAAGCUCCCAAAAUGGAGACUGAGGUUCAUUCUGUAUGGUGGGAAACACCAGUGGGAAUAAACAACAGAAGCAUGUGACCGUGUAAUUCCAAAAUUUGCAUCCAAGAAAAAUUAUAAAAAAUGUUGAUGUAACCAAAUUAUUAUAUUUAACAAUUCUAUUUUUUUCAUGAUAUUAUGCUUAGACGGGUAAAAUGUAAAAUUCCUUUGAACACAUCUAUUGUAGUUUUAGAAGAAGAGAGCUUCAUGUUGGUCCAAUAAUACACUUGUUAAAAUGUGCGGCAGAGACUGUGUUGUCCUGAGUGACACAGAUACGACCCUGAGGCCUGAUAGCAUGACUGUACCCUGAUGAGAUUUGGAUGUGAACUUUCUAUUCAACUUGUCAUUCUUGUGCUGUGAAAAAAAAGAAAAAAGAAAAAAAGAAACAUCCUGACGUUGUGUAUUAUACACAGACAUUCCUGCUGAGUGGCUUUACAUAACCUCUGUGCCAUGCUGCAUCCUACUGUGUGUGUUCUCUGGCGCUGUUACCUUUGUUCACGAGCAGUGAGGAUUCAUUGUUGUCACUGUACUUUGCAAGCUGAGUUGUGUGUAUUCGUUAUGUAUGAAAUCAGCAUAGAUUUUUCUCUGCCCUUGAAGACCAUGAAACACAAUAAAAAACGAAAAUUCAG